AACCACCCUUUUACCCUGACUUUCUUUGAACACACACACUGGAAAGACUUAAGUGCAUAUCGAUUUCCAAAAUUCAUGUUUAACUUCUGUCCUUUUGAGAAGUUAUUGGAACCCUUGAGCCAGAAUCUGCUAACUGAUGUGAUAGGAAAAGUAAUUGCAAGGACUGGAAUUCAAAGCCGAUUUGUUCUCGAAGUUCCACAGAGAUUCAUUGAGCUGGCUUUGGAAGAUACAAGGGGACAACAACUACGGUGCACUCUUUGGGGAGACUACAUUGAAAAGUUCAAUGAAUCUGUUGGUGCAGGGAUCACGAAUCCUAUUCUAAUCGAUGGGUAUUACUGGAUAAUGGCUGACAUAGUUUCUGUGGAAAACUAUAAGGAUUGGUAUCUCGAGCUACCCUUAUCCUCCCAUCGUAUUUCAGGAUCUGAUUAUGCACCACUCUUCAUGAAAAUUGACGCGUUCCUUGGGAAAUGGAGUACCUUGAAAAUUUCUUAUGCUCGAAAACUGGAGCUGAUUAGAGCAGUGAUUCAGGGGGUGGAAUCAUUUUGGCUCCAAGCCUUCCCAGUUCAGAAGACUGUGCUUAACCGUAUUACUACUCUAUGCAGAGACUUCCUAUGGGGCAGCAAGUUUGCUAAAGUGGCAUGGGCUGACAUUUGUAAACCCAAAAAUGAAGGGGGUUUGGGCUUGAGGGAUGCUGAAACCUGGAAUAAUGCUCUUCUGUGUAAAGCCGUAUGGAACAUUGCUGCGAAAAAGGAUUCACUUUGGGUGAUUUGGGUUCACACUGUUUAUCUGCGCAAUGAAUGUGUGUGGGUGUGGCAGCCCAGGAAGAGACACUCUGUCUUCUUUAAAAGGCUUGCCUAUGUGCGAGAGCUUUUGGUACAAAAGCUUGGUGGCCAUAAUUCCUCAUUGGAAGUGGCUAUGCAAGAGUUUUGUAUUGGCGAUAAUCUCUGUCCGAGUAAGGUUUAUGAUUUUCUUAGGGACAAGUCCAAUCCCAAGCCUUGGAUGGCUUUCAUAUGGCAUUCUCUAAUUCCUCCUAAGUGCUCCUUUACGAUGUGGCUGGCGCUUAGGGGGGGAUUUCUUACCAAGACCAAUUUGGAAUUCCUUGGUCUUCUUAUGGAGUGUGAGCUUUGUGGAGAUGGAGUCGAGGAUAUUAGCCACCUCUUCUUUGGAUGCUGUGUGUCAAAGCAAAUUUGGGGGGCCAUUAGGCAUUGGCUACAGAUUGAUGCCCAACUGACAACCUUGGACAGAGUCAUCAGCCCAACCUUAUCCGACCUUAAAUCCUUAAUCGCCAUCGCCUGUGUUGUUCGAGAGCAAAGGAUUCGCCGAGCGAGAGCCUUCGCCGUCUCGCAGAGUCCCAGGCUCCCAGCCAUCGCCAAUUCGCCGAGAGCCUUCGCCGUUAGUCCUACUGCCCAAGUGCCCAGCGCCGACUGCCGAGCUCCGACGGCCUAGUCGCACACUGCCCAGCACCGAGUCGCCGACUCCCUCAAUCCCAAUUGAAUCAGGUUUGAUUGUUUGAAGCAUGAAGCAAUCAAUUGAUUGUGCGCAAUCACAGUCACAGGAAGUGCCUUCAACGAAUGUUUCUCAUGACUCAUGUAGAGACAGUUCAAAAUGAAGAUACAAGUCUUUCGACAACGGGUGCCUCAAAAUCUCAUGUACCAGACCCUAACAAAAAACCUAGGCCUGGGCGUCGGUAUAUUGUGAAAGGACUGAAAAGAAGGGCAGAGUACUGGAAUGAUUAUGAGUUAUUCCUAGAUGAUCAAGAUAAUGUUCGAGCAGAAUGUGUACAUUGCGACUCUACUUUUGCUGCUGAUUCCGCUCGGAACGGGACCAAAAACUUGAAACUGCAUCAUGCUUGUUGUGAAAAAAAUCCACUGAAUAAAGGCAAAGGUAAACAAUCUACAAUUCACUUAGAACCUAUUGAUGGUGAGGAAGGAGAUGUGCGUGUAAGAAGUCGAGUGGUUAAUUUAGAUGAUCUUAGAGAAGCUUUAACUUAUAUGAUUGUGUUAGA